AUGGCAGGGUUUUCCGCCCUGCAAAAGUGCACGGCGCUGCUGGGCGACGGCGAGGAGAACGUGGGGCAGUUUCUUUACCUGGAGGGGAUGGAGUACCACAUGUGGAACACAUACGACGUCCACUUCUACGCCUCCUUCGCGCUCCUCUCCCUCUUCCCGGCGAUCGAGCUCAGCCUCCAGCGCGACUUCGCCCGCGCAGUCCUCCAUCAAGACCCACGCCCGAUGCACACCCUCGACGGCGCCACCGUGCCGCGCAAGGUCCUCGGCGCCGUGCCGCACGACUUCGGCCUCGCCGACCCCUGGUUCGAGCUCAACGCCUACAUGCUCCACGACCCGGCGCGGUGGAAGGACCUCAACCCCAAGUUCGUCCUCCAGGUCUACCGCGACGUCGCCGCCACGGGCAACGUCGCCUUCGCCGCCGCCGCGUGGCCGGCGGUGUACCUCGCCAUGGCGUACAUGGACCAGUUCGACUGGGACGGGGACGGCAUGGUGGAGAACGAGGGCCGUCCCGACCAGACCUACGACCUCUGGUCCGUCUCCGGCGUCAGCGCCUACACCGGCGGCCUCUGGGUCGCGGCGCUCCAGGCGGCAGCCGCCAUGGCGCGCGUCGUCGGCGAACGCGGCGCGGAGGGAUACUUCCUCGAGCGGUACAAACGGGCGCAGCGGGUGUACGACGGCGAGCUCUGGAACGGCUCCUACUUCGACUACGACAACAGCGGCAGCGGGAACAGCAAGUCCAUCAUGGCCGACCAGCUCGCCGGGCAGUGGUACGCGCGCGCGUGCGGGCUUGACCCCAUCGUGGAGGAGGACAAGGCUCGCAGCGCGCUGGGGACGGUGCUGGACUACAACGUCAUGCGGGUGCAGGGCGGCGCGGUGGGGGCGGUGAACGGGAUGCGGCCGGACGGCGCCGUGGACACGUCGUCGACGCAGUCCAAGGAGGUGUGGCCCGGGGUCACCUACGGCGUGGCGGCCGCCAUGAUCCACGAGGGCAUGCCGGAGGCGGCGUUCCAGACGGCCAAAGGCGCGCACGACGCCGGGUGGGGCAGGGACGGGUACGGGUACGCGUUCCAGACGCCCGAGGCGUGGACGGCCGAAGGCGGCGGCGGUUACCGGUCGCUGCACUACAUGCGACCCCUCUGCAUCUGGGCGAUGCAGUGGGCGCUCUCGCCGCCGGAGCUCCACAAGAACCUGAGAGCGUUGCCGGGUUCGGUGUCGGCCGCUGCCUCGCCUGCGGAGGUGGCACUGGCGCGGGAGAAAUUCGAGAAGAUGGCGAACAUGGUGAGGCUGCCGGAGGAAGAGCAGGACAAGGGAUACCUUGGAGCUCUCUACCAGAUUCUCCGUCAGAUGAUCCUCCCGGCAUCAUGA